AUGGGUUUGGAAGGAAGUGGUAAAACAUCGUUAAUUAAUAAUCUAUGUGGAACAUCAUAUCCUGCAGGGACGAAUCGAUAUGGUUAUAGAAUAGGUGAUGAUCAAAGAGGAUCUUUUAGGACAAUUUCUCCAGCUUGUGAAAUUAUUCUUUAUGAUACGAAUGGUUUAAAAAUCAAUGAGCCAGGUAAAUGGCAUGAACAUCUUAAAAGUACACUUGAAAUCAAUGGCGUUAUUUUUUUUAUUGAUGGCCAUGAUAAACGAUGCAGUUUACAUGGUGAUUUACCACGAUUAAUUGAAUACUGUCGAAAUUUAGAGUUACCGAUACUAUAUCUAUUCCGAUCAGACGUAGUUGAUUGGUUCGAUGAAGAAUGUACUCAUGAAAAUUUGGUUAAUGCUAAAAAAAUAGAAAAGAAGGAUCAUGGAAAUGAUAUUGCGUACUACUCUCAAAAAGACAAAAAUCGUUUAAAACAAGUUAUUGCUGAUCGAUUUGCUCUUGCUACGACAGCUAAAGCACUCAUUGAUCCUGUUCAGUUAGCAACAAAAAUACGAGAGAUGGAAAAUCGUCAUGAACAGGAGAUUAAGAAAUUGAAGGAUGAACAUCAACAAAUAAUCAAUGAAAAAGAAUCAUUUUAUAACAAUCUGGAACAGCUAUAUGAAAACAAUAAAAAACAUUUCGAACAUUUAAAACAAAAUCUAACUGAAACUCAAAAACUCUAUGAAGAACUUAAGAACAAGAAUGAAACAUUGUCUACUACAAAGAGAAGAUUACAGCAAGAGAUUGACGAAUUAAAACGAAAAAAGAACAACAGUCUACAAACUAUUAAAAGAACAAUGAAUUAUUUACGUAUAAACGUAAAUGAAGUUGCGAUGCCAAACAUACGUGAUGAUGGAAAACUACGUGUUAGAAGCAAAAAGCAUAAAUGCAAGAAACACAAAGCAUGGUUGCCUUUUAUGGGUGUUGGUAUCUCUAAUGACUAUGAUAUUCUUAGUGAGAGAAUCGCUGAACUUCUUAAUGGAAUUGUUAGUAAGUUAGAAGACGUAGAUGAUACAUAA